AUGAGAGUCGAGGAUGUAGAGUCUUUGAAGUUGGCAACGCUUUCACUUUCUAACAUGAACAAGGAGGUGAGCUGAGAUAUUUUAUUCUCGAUUUUAGAAUUCUUGAAGCUUUGGCGAAUACAAACCGAGACAUUCUCAAGCUGUGUCUGUGAGAAACAUCUUGAACUAUUGGCAUCGGACGUGUUUACAGGUGUGGAGAAGAGAAUUUUCCGGAUGGAAAAGUUGUUGAGGAAAUGAAUUCUCCGAAUGGCAGAACGCCAACGAAACCAUUAUCAAAAUUUUAUUUUCACUGCCGAGUCAGUACGUUAGUAGGUUAUAUUUAUCUAACACUCCAGGUAGUCUUCGGUAGUCUUUUGGCAAGCUAGACUCUUGUACUGCAGUGGAGCAAAAUACAGAUUUGAAACAAUUCAGAUUUGAAGGAAACAGUCCCGGCCGUAUCGCAGUCGCCGAGGUCGAUAGUAAAUGCUUCAGUUAUUCGAGGAAUUUAUUUUCCCUCGCAGUCUUUCACAGUCGUCAUAUUAUUAUCUUGUAGAAUACCACGGAAGAUAAAGCUUCAGUUUUAACGCGAAUCAAUGCGUUGUUGGAUUCAGCUCUGGAUCCCAGUAAGUUGAUGUACUGUCGCUGAUCAAAGGUUUUUCUCUUACAUUCAUUUCGUUGGGAGAUUAUUCAGUCAUUUUACGACUUAACGUUUUUUGUUUUGCAGACUCUGCUGGAAGGAGUCUGUUUUCGCCUCAACCAGUGUCGCAGCCGGCCUACAGUUCCUUCAGCUACCCAGGUUUCCAACCAACUCCGCCAGACUCCAGAUCUCCAAGCCCGAUGCACAUGGAUGAAAGAGCUGGCGAUCUUUUUAUGGUAAUCGAAUGCAUAUAAAAUAGAAUUUAGUGGUUUUAACAAGAACUAUUUUAGGUUGACCUAAAGUAAUUAGUUUUGGCUGCGUUCGGGUGACCUCUUGUCAUAGACGGUCAACUUUGUCUUGUAAAGAUGCGUUCAAUAUAAGCCAAGCGCUAGAGGAAAAUAAACUCAAUAUUUCGUCUUACUGGAUUAAUCUUUUUUUAUAGUACGCAAAUAGCGUGGAAAUCAUGUGGAUAAGUUUCCAAACGGAAAAAAAUUAUCUUCUGGCAUCUCGCAGACGAGACUGGACUUGCAUUGUGUUAGGACGAAUGUGGCAAGAUUUCCGCAUAAACACUUAUUAUGCAUACGUAUUUUCCCACUCGCAGCUUAUUUAACUUUAUUAUUUGUCAACGAAGAGUACGGUCUGAGGGCUAGCAACGCAUGCCAAUGCAUGUAUAUUGUUUGGGUGGUGCAUUAUUUUUUGCCGGAUUAUUAAUUUUUUUAAUACUGUUUACAAUGGAAAGAAUUUUUAAAAUUCAACAGAGAUAUACAGGCAGUCAUGAUAGACAUGUCUUACAGUAGUUGUGUGACGGUUUGAUAUUUAGUGUUGAAAAUUGGCUAUUCUAGGAGAGUUUCGUGACACCAGCCUUUUGCAUUUAAAGUGUUGCCAAUGGGUAUACAGGUUUUUGUGCGAGUAUUGAUCUUGUUACUUUUGUUGAUUUCAGGGUAACUUCUUGGCUGGGGGUGCUCAUUUUGGAAUGCACACCCCACCAGAUAGCCUUCCCUCUUCUCCCAUUGGUCCAUUUUCCCCCUUUGGUGCAUUCCCUUUUUCUCCUAUUUCUCCAGUGGAAUCUGAAUCAAGCAUAAGUCCCAUUAGACCAUCUUACCGUACAGCCUCCAUGUUCCCUCGCUGUCAGCCGAGACAGAUUGGCCUGCCACCUACCAGUAUACCACCAACUGAAUUGUCAUAUGGGAGCUUGUUCACUGAUCCUCGCUGGGCUGGUGUAAAUCCAAUGUUUGGGUUAUGGAAUGACAAUAUGGGAUUUGAGUACUUGCAGCAGCAAGGACUGACUCACAUGUUAUCAGGUUAGCGUGUUAAGCAAAAUGAAAGGCAGGAAUUCCAGCAGCCCUUUGUAACCCAAAUCAUGAUACUGACUCCCCCCUCCCCAUAAUAGUAUUAAAUGACAAGACUCAGACUGCUCUGGUUUAGAUUUGUUUAUAACUAUUAGUGCUAUAUAAUUUAUUGUGGCUUAAUUUUGUUAAUGUUUGUCUACGUUCUUGUUCACAAUUACAGGUUAUGUUCUUCUGUCAUACAAAUAACUACUAGACUUAAAUUGCGCUUUUUAUGACCAGGUGUAGAUUAUAACAAAGGCAAUAUGAAGAAAUGGUCUGGACAGCUUCCUCGUCGUAACUAUAAGAACCCAAGCUACUCCACUAAAGUUUUUCUUGGAGGUGUGCCCUGGGAUAUAACAGAAGGUAAUUACUACAAUGUAUUGCGAAAACAUGUGUGGGGGAAAAUGUCAGCAGCAUUUUUGUGAACAUGUGAGACAUAAAGGUGGUGUGUUUGAGAUGAUCACUCUUCAUUUACAGUAGUUAAAGGGGUGCAGUGUUUUUACUUAGAAGGUAUAUGAAAACUUGUAAAUAGAAAGUAUGUGAAAGGGGUACCUUUUCUAUUAAAAAUGGUAUAUAAAAGGGUAAGGGGUUGCACCUCGGGGGUAGAGCCCCCUGUAUGAAACAUUGUUGUGUGCUCCCCCCAUUCCAGGUGUCAAUCAAAGUAAAUUGGAAUGCUUGUCUGUCAAAAUCGUAGUGGGCUGUGGUCAUUCUCAUAAUUACAUGAGAACUGCAUUUUUUAGUUCAACCCUUUUGACUGCCAUUUCUUUGUGUUCUUGUUUAGCCUCUUUAGUCAUGUCAUUCAAGCCAUUUGGUUCAGUCAAAGUGGAGUGGCCAGGCAAGGCUGAUGGCCGUCACCUACAUCACCCCCCUAAAGGUAAGGUUUACUGUUAUGAUUAAUCNCCUGGGAUAUAACAGAAGGUAAUUACUACAAUGUAUUGCGAAAACAUGUGUGGGGGAAAAUGUCAGCAGCAUUUUUGUGAACAUGUGAGACAUAAAGGUGGUGUGUUUGAGAUGAUCACUCUUCAUUUACAGUAGUUAAAGGGGUGCAGUGUUUUUACUUAGAAGGUAUAUGAAAACUUGUAAAUAGAAAGUAUGUGAAAGGGGUACCUUUUCUAUUAAAAAUGGUAUAUAAAAGGGUAAGGGGUUGCACCUCGGGGGUAGAGCCCCCUGUAUGAAACAUUGUUGUGUGCUCCCCCCAUUCCAGGUGUCAAUCAAAGUAAAUUGGAAUGCUUGUCUGUCAAAAUCGUAGUGGGCUGUGGUCAUUCUCAUAAUUACAUGAGAACUGCAUUUUUUAGUUCAACCCUUUUGACUGCCAUUUCUUUGUGUUCUUGUUUAGCCUCUUUAGUCAUGUCAUUCAAGCCAUUUGGUUCAGUCAAAGUGGAGUGGCCAGGCAAGGCUGAUGGCCGUCACCUACAUCACCCCCCUAAAGGUAAGGUUUACUGUUAUGAUUAAUCACAACGCUGUGUGUUAAUGUACUGAAUUUAUCAACUACUGGCCUCAAUAGGGUUGCCCAUAAAGCAACUGAACAUAAAGUGGCAUCAAGCAAGUGAACAUGAAUAGGAAUUCACCCAGAAGGAAAUCAACUGUCUCAGACAACUGGAUUGGACUAUUUAAAACCUGAUUAAGACUGCCUGUAGUGUGGAGGCCAAGGCAUUAAUGGUUGUUGAAAUGCAGAUGUAGUCCUAACAAUGCAUGACUGGAAAGAUGUAAAUAAUAUUUUUCAUGUCACCAUCCUGAGAUAAAGAUAAUUUGAACGUGGAUUCCAUUUAGCUGCAGAGGAACUUGAGGCCACUGAGCUCUACCCUACAGCUAUUAAGUGUUAAGUAAUGCUUGAUCUGUGGAGGUGUGUUUGGCUGAGUGGUUAACACUUUGACCUCCAGAUAUGGAGGUUGAGGGUUCAAGCCUCGCCUGUAACAUUGUUUUCUUAGACAAGGAACUUACUACAGUUUGUCUCUCUUCACUCAUGUAUAUAAAUGGGUACUGGGGACAUACUGCUGGCGGCUAACCUUUUGCGAUGGACUAACAUCUAUCCAGGGGGGAGUAGCAUACUCCUAGGCAUACUUCAUGCAAAGGAAACCGGGAUAAGCUCUGUUUGUUUGGUCAUUUGGCUCGUGUGCGCCUUUUAAAAUGCUUGAUGAAAUUUUUGUAAAGUGAAGCUUUCACAUGUAUGUAUUACAAUAAUAAUUUAAAAAAGUAAUGUUGUUUAAUUCUCCUUGAUUUUUAUUUCAGGGUAUGUGUACUUGAUCUUUGAUUCUGAGAAGUCAGUUAAAGCCUUAUUAGCAUCCUGCACUCAUGACUUCUGUAAUGGUGGAGACUGGUACUUCAAGAUUUCAAGUAGAAGGAUGAGAUGCAAGGAGGUAAAUGAAUAUUUUGGGAACUAAAAUUGGUCCCAAAUACAAAAACCCAAGUCCUAAUUGUUUGUUACAACAACAAAUUCUGCUUAUGUUUUAGCUGAAAAUAAGCUCAUGGGUGGAUGUUUUUUUUACAGGUUAUCUAGCUAAAGCUGUUCAUCAAAAUGAUCUCUGUGAAACAUAAGAUUAUGCUACUCGCAAAAUGACAUUUUUUACUUUUUUCACACGUGUGACCAUACGUUAAUUUUUCGAAAUAUUGUAGUAUUGUGUAGUUCCAGAAAAUAUCCAGACCCCCACCACGGAGGGAAUUUCACUUAGGACCCCCCACCUCCCUGGAUUUUCCAUUUUUGCAGGGAACCGAUGACCCCCCACCCCUUCAUAAUUUCCACAAGUGUGACAAAGACCCCCCAACCCCUCUGGAAAAGUUCAUUUUCACGAAGAAAGACUAUUAAAGUAGAAGAAUGAGGCAACUCAUGGUUAGUACCCAACGGUUUCCAUCAGAAGCUUGUAUGCUUCUGUUUCCAUUUAUUUCAGUGAUCCCGCAACAUUAAAACACACUACACCACCACGAGGUAACCUGAUCUGUAAUUUUUGCUCACCUCUUAUUUAAAUGAAACACAGAAAGUUAAUAAGUCGGUUACGUGUAUAUUUGUGAAUUUACCUUAAUCAGGGCAAGCCUACGAUUUGUUAUUCAUCUCAUGGGCGUAAUGUUGUUAUCAUUAACGCCAUUUCGUGCGGGAAUGCAGAACAAGUCAAACUUACGACCACAAAAUUAAUGCAAAACAAAGAGCAGAAUAAAAACUCUGAAUUCUGAAAUGAUAACAAUGAAUACCCCCUGCAUCUUGAAGGUACUUGAAGGAAAACCAAGUUCAAUUUACUCUUUUUCGAUCAACUGAUGCGACGUGAUGCGCGAUGGCCGUAUAAAUGUUUGGCGUAAUCGACACCAUUUCAGCGAGAAUUCGAUCAUGAACAUGCCACACGUUCAACCACAAAAUUAAGGGAAAAUGAAAAGGAGAAUAAAAACUCUACAUUCUAAAAAGGUUACAAUGUAUAGCUUGUGCUUCGUGAGGCAAAAUUGCCACUCUUCUGAUCUAUCAAUCGACUGACGCAACGUGAUAUGUUGCGUGAUGUGUUGCACGCGUUGAUGUUUUGAGGAAGACUGGUAACGAGUAAUGGCGGCGAAUAUACGAGCGUGCGGUAAAACGAGUUGUAGUUGGUCUAAUUCCUUUGAAAUUACGUCCAAAACGCUUUUGGAAGAAAGGAAACCUGGUUAAGAUCAAAGGAACAAUCUUAAGUGAUAAAUUUCAAGUUAUUUAUGUCCUAAAAAUGAUCUACCAGGUCGGUAAGAAGUAAUAUUCGAACUCAGGUCGAAAACAAAAUGAUAUUGCCCCCCUGGAAAGUGGUUUUAUGGUCCAACCCCCCUCCCUUCUGGAAUUUCCUGGGCCUCUGACCCCCCCCACCCCCCUGGAAUUUCUAAUUCCCCCCGUGGUGGGGGUCUGGAUAUUUUCUGGAACUACACAUUGUAAUAUUAUUAUGCUGAUAAAAUAUUUCCACCUGAAGUAGACAAUAACUUGUGAAGAUGGAUUUCUUUGCUGUCUUCUACAUGAAAACUGGAUUUUGGUUUUCUGUAGGUUCAAGUGAUUCCUUGGGUUUUGUCUGACACCAACUAUGUCCGUGGCCCACAUCAGAGAUUGGACACCAGUUGGACUGUGUUUGUUGGUGGACUCCAUGGCAUGCUUAAUGCAGGUGGGACAACAAUUAUUUAACAAUAUUAUAUAGAUUUAGCCAAGGCCAAAAGCAAAGCUCUUGAGGAAUGCUUUAAGAAAUGGCCUUCUCAAGUAACUCAACUUUUGCCGUAAGCAGAAAGCAAACUGAAUUCCACCUUUAACAAAUGGACCUGAGCCCGCGAUCAAUUGAAAACCAAAAACUGGUCAGCGGAUGACUUUUAAAAAAUGCGUCACCUCCAUGAGUGAGUUUUAGACCUGUGCCUGCAGUACAGUCAUUUGACACUGGUCAGCAGAUACCUUUUUUGACAGCUGUCAAUUAACCUUAAUGUGGAUGUCCCAUACCAAGUUAAAUACAGAUAGUAUAUUCCUUAGACUCCUAGCUAGUAUUAAAGUGUGACAUUUGUCUUCGGUUUAUAUGUUGUGUACAGAUGGUCAGGCACUGGGUGUAUGCUGACGUCACAACCUAAACUUCUUGGAUGGAUAGAUUACCAAAUUUCUUAGCAAUGGAUGCUUGGAGCUCUGCAAUUAAUAAAUUAUAAAUACUUUGUUGCCUGUGUUUAGACAUGUCACCCCCUUCUAAGUUAUAGGGAUUUUAUAUAGAUCAGAUGAUGGCAACGGCAACGAGAACGUCAAAUAAGCUAAACAACAACUCUGCACUAUCAAGCUUUUUCGUACAUUUCUCCCGUUAUCUUAGCUGGCAAAUAGUCUAAUGGCAAUCUUUCUUCCUGCAUGGCAUCUCUGCAAUUCAUAGACAUAUUUGUCAUACUGUAAAUAUUGUUAAUGUCAUAAUUUUUUUUUAUACCUUCGCUUAUAUGUAAAUACUCUAAUUUAUAUUUAUAUUUAUAUUUAUUUAUUUUGUGUCCCCUAAUUAGCAUAGGGUUUUUUAACCUAAGCUAGGAGGCUUCUUUAGACACCUUAAUAAAGUUUCAUCAUCAUCAUCAUCAGCAUUUCUUUGCAUACCCUUCCCUUGUUUUUUCCACACAUUUUAGUGGCCCUGUGAGAGGUACUGUACAGCAUGGAAGGGCUCAAACCCUCUUGUAUGAGUGAUUAACACCUUUUUAUAGAAUACCUUACUAACUACUGUUUUCAUUUCUAUUGUGCAGAGGGCCUGGCAUAUAUCAUGAAUGAACUGUUUGGUGGGGUAGUCUAUGCUGGUAUUGACACAGAUAAACAUCGCUAUCCCAUUGGUAAGAUUAUGUUAUUAUACAUUUUACUCACUAUGUGUCUUCUCGCUGGCUACAAGCCUAAAGUUAAUUUUGUGUGGUUUUCUAGAGCAGUGUCAAACUGUGUUCCACUCGAUGGUGUGUUUGUCGUUAUUUUCUUCAAAAUAAUAAUUUAUAACAUUUAACAACUGCGUCGCUGAGUGGAGGUGGGUGCCUGGGAUGUCCAGGCGCUUCCACCUUUGGCACAGCCAGCCCCUAGACAGAGUUACACCCUCAUAUAUGGCUGGCAAACCCACGCCCUCCAGCCAUGAGCCCCCACGCCAAUGGAACCAGGCACCCGUCAACAGUGAAAGAAUUAAAGGCGGGGAGGGAUGGGGGUAAAAGAUUGAUCCAAAGGCUAAACGAAGAGAAUGGCCGCCACGAAAACACUGUACUGAGCACAUGGAGGUGAUGCAAGCAAGGCUGACCGCGCUUGAGCCAAAUGACUGACCGCUGACCACACUCGCACUCCUUGUUGUUAACUCUGUUAAAUAAAUAUUUAUUUAACCUCAUUAAAACAGUUAUUAGGUUCAGUUUGUGUGAUGUCCCGAAUAAUCAACUUUGCAAGGUCUUUUUAACUGUUACCAUCCUUGACGUUCAUUAUUCUUGCUAUCAAAAAAACCUCAUCCAAUAAUUUUUUAUGAAAUGCCUCAUUUAUUAUAGGGUACUGGGGAAGCCUGAUUUUCAAAUUUAACAGUCUCAUUUUUUUCCUCAUCAGGUUCUGGCCGCAUUACAUUUAACAAUCAGAAAAGUUUCCUGGAAGCUGUAAGAUCGGGUUUCAUAGAGAUUGAGACCCCAAAAUUUGUGAAGAAGGCAAGUGCUGCUAUCUGAUGUUGAAUGUAUGCUUUCGACAAAUUAGGCAUCACCAAUUUACAAAUUUUUCUUUUCACCUUAGAGUCAGCUCAGAGUGCAAAGAAAGUAGUGUAGUGUCUGAUAGCCCCGGGCUAGUGGAUUUUGCUAUCAGGCUAAGUGAAUUCUGUUAUUAACUUGCCCAACUGGCAAGUAAAGUUUUUCGACAAAUUCAAAUUUAAUACAGAAGUACUGUGAAAUCAAUAUGCUCAUCAAAACGUUUUUGGGGCUAGUUGAAAUGAUGUUUGGGCGAGUAAAAUGUUAGCUUCAGCUUGCCCGAAUGGCAAGCUGUAAAAAUGAUGUUCUUUGCACCCUGCAGCUGUAGAUCAUUUUUACCUCCUUACAAGACAAAAUAAAGCAUUAAGUCAACAAUUCUUUCUCAACAUGUUCUUUCGUCCAUAGUAGUCUAACAGCUUGGCAGAACCAACAGGUCCUUGAUAACAGCCCUAUUGAGGUUGCCGGACUAAAGCAGUCCAUAUUAUUGUACUUAUUUCCCUACAAUGGUUAAACUUGCAGGUCCAAGUUGACCCAUAUUUAGAGGACUCUAUGUGUGACAUUUGUCGUACUACCACGGGCCCCUUCUUCUGUCGAGAGGAAUCCUGUUUCAAGUACUACUGUCAUUCGUGUUGGUUAUGGCAUCACUCUAUUGAAGGAUAUCGUCAGCACAGGUAA